CUAGUUGUUUCUGUGCAGCUUAAAAUUGAAAUAAUAAACCUAAGUUUUUCAAUUGCAGUAAAUAAUUAAAUAUAGCUAAAACGUAAUAAACAGAAUAAUAAUGUUGCAGAUACAAAAUUAAGUUAUGAUCAAAUUAGCAAAUUCAAGUAUCACACAUGUUCUCCAAAUCCUACCUGCCAUUUGGUCUAUUGUUGUUUUUAAGACAUAAGUGGGUCCCUUAUAUGGGUCGGGACUCGAAGGGCCUCGGGUACCUGUACAACGUGCCAAAAAACCUGAGCCCUAUUCAUUCUGUCUCGAACGUGUGUUAUUAAUAGAAAUUAUGAAACUGCUUCCACUUGACGUGUCCCGAGAGAAUUUGAGGUUUAGCACUUAAACGGUCGUAUUAGAGAAUUCGUUCGCAUUGGUAUUCUUCACCUGGUUGUGUUAAUCAUUCAGAUAGUAUGAUUUUCUCGUGCAACUCUCCAAUCACGGGUACUAAACAUUCAAUACAUAGAUCCAAUUAUCAGAAUAUUAAUGUAAUGAUAAUUCGGUAAAUAGGGUAAUUGAUUGAAUAACACGAGAUAUGAAAUCCGUUUAAUAGCAUUUGGUUUGGACGUAGUGGAAAAUUUUAUCAAGAAGCGAUAAUGUCUACCUUGGUAAUUGCUUACAUGGUAACGAUAGGUUGAGUUUGUCGGAAAUCUAUCAAGUAUCAAUAUAAUUGUAAGAAAUCCUAAAUCACCCAAGAUUCAUUUCUACUUCAUUGGACAUUAUUAUUAUAAAAUGAUUAGGAUGUCUUCGACACCAGUCUUCGAUUUUUCAUGUGUGUUCUAGACAAGAGCCUUAGCUAGUCCUACAUGUUAAGAUCUUACACACGAGUGUUUUACUUGAAGCAAUGCCGGUGACCUUAUAUACCGCUUUCAUAAUUAAUGCAACCAAUAAUUACGUCAUUUUAAACGAACCUACACAUUCCACACCAAAGCUUUCCAUUCAGCAUAUUAUUUUACACUCUGUGCUAAUUAUUCUGAUGCCCUGAACCCUGCACUUCUUUAAUGCAAUGUAAUUAGCAAUAAUAAAAGCACGAACAAUUUAUAAUCUUUUUCAACCCCUUCACGUGUAAAGGUUUCCUCCUUUUGGAAAUAGCUCUGUCCAUGGCUUACUAUUUCCAUUCGCUUCCUGGUAACGCUUAAACUUCUACCUUACCUAGGAUUAGUUGUAUCUACAGCAAUAGGCUAUCGUAUUAUCAAGAAAUAGUUCUAAAUUCUAUUGAAUCCUUUGAAAUAAUUAAUUAGUCAUAGUUAUCCUUAUGUUUCUCAUAAAUUUUCUCAUCAUUUUGUAUGACGCAUUUUAAUUAUGGUAGUUUCAUAAACUAAGAUUGUUUUCAAAUAUACUUUCAUCUUUUAAUGCACAAGAGCGUAUUAGUUGUAUUUUCAAAAACGAAUUACCAGAUUUUUUAUUGUACAGAUUAAUAAACGCGAAAGCGCCUAUUUUUCUAAACUCAAUCGUGUUUAUUUCGACUAUUUAGUUAGAGGUAAAGCAGUGCUUUGGUGAUAAUAUCAGAUCAUUGUUAUGUUAAAUAUAACUGUUAAUUUUAUAUAAAGAGCAUUAAGGCAUUAUGACCAGCUUAAUUCCAAGAUUUCCGUUGCCAUUAAUAAGCUUAAUAAAAUCCAAUAUGAAAGUAAUGCCCGCUAAUGACAAUUAUUUCUCACAGAGCUUUAUAAUGCUAUUUUUUUAUAAUUCAUCGUAACUGCUUUAUCAAUAUGUUUUAUUUAUUUCGAUAUACGAUCUAAAAAUAGCUAUUUAAAUGAUAAACCGAUUACAUUAGUUAUGGAAUAUAGUCCGAUAACAAUGAACGAAAUGGCCCGUUGUUUGUCUUAUAUGUUUCCACUUCCGCCCGUGUGGCAUUACUCCAAGUUUGCAUAGGUCAGGCCGCGCUCUUAUUGUGUGCAGUGUUCGUGCUGAGGUUCUGUUAGAUGUCGAUAAUGAAACGAGACUUGAAUGAGUUUACUGCCUUACGUGCACUUUGGUCGGGGCAUCGUGUGCGAGUGCGCGGGCGCGAGCGCCUGCCCCGACGGCGCCGCCAACGGCACUUGCAGCACUCAACCUGGUGGGUACUGUUUCGUCGCCGUAGAAGAAGUGCUGGAUGAUGCAGGCCUCGUCGUGCUAGAGAGGACCGCCGGCUGUUUGCCACCUGAUGAGUCAGGGUUUAUGCAGUGUAAAAGCUCGCAAGUCCCACACCAGCACCCCAAGGUUAUCGAAUGCUGCGAAAAGGACCUUUGUAACCGACACCUGAGGCCGCAACUGGCAGAGCCGCCGCCCUCGGUGCCCGAGACGCCCGCCCUGCUGCCAACGCAAGCCGGCCCGCCCGUAGCCCUUGUGGCUGUCGCCCUCGGCGUCGCCCUGGUCGCCUUCCUUGCCGCCUUCUGGCUGCUGCUGCGCAAGCGCCGCGGUGGCUGCAAGAGGCCUCCCUCUCCACCUGCGCCCGCGCCCCUCGUCGACGCCUCAUCCGGUUCUGGGUCUGGGCUGCCGCUGCUCGUGCAGCGCACCGUGGCCAAGCAGAUUCAAAUGGUGGAAUCCAUCGGCAAAGGCCGCUACGGCGAAGUGUGGCUCGCGCGUUGGCGAGGCGAGAAGGUGGCCGUCAAAGUAUUCUUCACCACCGAGGAGGCCUCCUGGUUCCGCGAGACCGAGAUCUACCAGACCGUGCUCAUGAGGCACGAGAACAUCCUCGGUUUUAUCGCCGCCGACAUCAAGGGCACCGGCUCGUGGACGCAGAUGCUGCUCAUCACCGACUACCACGAGAACGGCUCCCUGCACGACCACCUCCAGGCGGUGGUGCUCGAUCCGCCCGGUCUCAUGGCGAUGGCCUACUCCAUCGUCAGUGGACUCGCCCAUCUGCACAUGGAUAUCUUCGGCACCAAGGGAAAACCGGCGAUCGCCCACCGCGACAUCAAGAGUAAGAACAUCCUCGUGAAGCGCAACGGGCAGUGCGCCAUCGCAGACUUUGGGCUGGCCGUGCGGUACGUGGCCGAGCGGCACGAGGUGGACAUCGCGCCGAACACGAGGGUGGGCACGAGGCGUUACAUGCCACCGGAGGUGCUCGACGAGAGGCUCGACGUGGCUAACUUCGAAGCCUUCAAGAUGGCCGACAUGUACUCGCUGGGGCUGGUGCUGUGGGAGAUGUGCCGGCGCUGCGCCACGGGCGACAAGGCGCAGUACGUGGAGCCUUACGCGCUGCCCUAUCACGAGUGGGUGCCGCCCGACCCCUCGUUCGAGGACAUGCACGCGGUCGUGGUCCAGAAAGGCGUCAGGCCGCCAGUGCCCGCGCGUUGGAUGGGCGCCGAGCCCCUGGCCACGCUCACCACGCUUAUGUCCGAGUGCUGGCACGCCAACCCGCCCGUUCGGCUCACGGCGUUGCGCGUCAAGAAGACGCUGGCCAAGUACCACUCCGACCCGGCAGCCAAGCUCGUCUGACCGCGGCUCGGAGCUCUGCACUCUCUCUCCGGAAUCUCCGCGCGUCGAUUGUCAUCGGCCAGGUGAGCGGACGUCAGCUCGUCGAAUCCUCGACCCGCUUUCGAGACGAUUGUGAUAUUUCGACAAUAACUUUAAACUCGGUGUCGUAUUACAUUGAAUCGGAAAUCGGAAGUGUUCAAGUCAGUGACGGAUAAUUGUAAGGAUUGUACUUAAAAGGUGUUUGAGAAAGACUAAAAUGGCGUGAGCGUGUGAGACGUAUAUUGUAUGAGUUUUGGGAUGCCUUCGAGUAGUAUUAAUUUGUAUUGUGGUCGUCGCGCGUUCGAUUAGACCUUGGAAAAAAGAUUUUCAAAACUAUGUAAUAUAUAACAUCUUUAGUUGGAAUCGUUUAAAAAGUUUUCUUGUCUUCCAAACAUUCCACUGUAACAUUACUUGAUCGCUUUCAAAGGUCGAAUCGGAGGCAGACGAAGCAUUUAAUGUACAUUGUUUUGUAUAUAUAGGUGUUAGUGUAGUAUCAAAUACAUGUUGCUAGAUAAGUUACAAUAAAAUUUAUUAUAUAGACA